GGAAUGCAUCCUCCUCCCCUCAAAUGACGGGGUCAGAUGGUUCCGCCGAGGCCGCACAAGCAACCGCUUCCAAGCGCGGAGCUGAGGCGGCUUGAGCGUCAAGUCAGUCGGCGGCGAAAGGGGCUCCUCCCGCCGCUGAAGGGUUGGACCAACUGGCUUCUUUCCGAUCAACCCCGAGCCACAAGGGACCAUGAGUGACGGCGACAAGAACCCAGCCAGCACCCCGACCCCAGUCACUGAUGUGCAAGGGGAUGGGCGAUGGAUGUCCCUGCACCAUCGCUUUAUUGCUGAUAGCAAAGACAAGGAACCAGAGGUUGUCUUCAUUGGAGAUUCUUUGGUGCAGCUGCUGCACCAGUUCGAGAUCUGGAGAGAGCUUUUCUCCCCUCUACACGCUCUCAACUUUGGCAUUGGGGGCGAUGCCACCCAGCAUGUGCUCUGGCGCCUGCAGAAUGGGGAGUUGCAGCACAUCCGACCAAAGAUCGUGGUCGUCUGGGUGGGCACCAAUAACCACGGCCACACUGCCGAGCAGGUGGCUGGCGGCAUAGAAGCCAUUGUGCGGGUCAUCCAUCAGCAGCAACCACAGGCCCGCGUGGUGGUGUUGGGCUUGCUGCCGCGGGGCAAGAACCCCAACCCCUUGCGGGAGAAGAACAGCAGAGUGAACGAUUUGCUCGAGGCAAAGGUUCCGCUGCUGCCCAACGCCUCCUUCCUCAACGUCGACCCGGGCUUUGUGCAUUCGGACGGGACCAUAAGCCACCACGACAUGUACGACUACCUCCACCUGACCCGCAACGGCUACGCCAGACUCUGCCCCGGCCUCCACCGGCUGCUGCUUUGCCUGCUGGGAGAAUGCCACGCUCAAAGCCCUUGACCAAAUGCUGUUGCCUGUGGCCAAGAUGGAGCCACGCUCUGGCCUGGGUGGCUGCAAAGGGACAUCUCCCCAGAAGUUAGAAUGCUGUCUCUCCCACCAGCUCUCCUCCGGUCUUCAAGUGGGUAGGCAAUAAAUACAGCUUCCCUCCCAAGCUGUUACGUCUUCAUCUACCUAGUAUUCAGCACGGAAUCCUGAUUUCUCUCCCCCAAAUCCCUUUCAGCAUGUUAGUUCUGUAGAUUGUUAAGUGAUUGUGGGAGACUGUGGGGUUGGGGGGGCCUGUUGGCCAGCGUCUGCCAAAAACUUAAGUUGGGCACAGGGCAAGUUGAUGCGAACUUGCUUAUGUUUACUUAAUAAAAGUGGUGCACAAAG